UUUUCUCUUGUGAUUUGUUUCAGAAGGAGGAAGUGCCAGAACAUAGAGUUGUAGGCGCUCUUACAGACACCAACCUCUUAAAACUUCUCCAGUUGAGCAGUGCAUUCUCUGGUGUCUUGAAAGCAGGGAUAGAUCAUGAUGGCUGUCUCAGGAGAGCAAGCUAUGGCUGGAGAGAAAAUGCUCAGGAUGCCCAGCUGCCUCCUAAAGCCCACCAGGGUCAUGCUGAGCCACAAGCCCUGGGCCCUGUUUAUCCUCAUCUUUGUGUUUGUAUCCUUUGCCUACCACAAGUUGUACUGGGGCAUCUGGGAGGACCCAAAGAGCAGAGGCCUCCCCUACGGCUCGUCUGCUGAAAUCAGCUGUGCUCACUAUGUGCCUUCUUCCCUCAACAUUGCUGGUGGGCCCUCUCCUUCUACAGGAAGUGUGUUUUUUGUGGAGACCUCAGAGCAAACUACCCCAAGUUACCUGUUCUCAUGCUCUGUGGAGUCAGCGGCCAGGGCGCACCCAGCAUCAAGAGUCGUGGUGCUCAUGAAAGGCUUGGCCAAAGAGAAUGCCUCCUUACCCAAGCACUGGGCUUUCUCCUUGCUGAGCUGCUUCCCCAACGUGGAAAUCCAGCCCCUCGACUUGACAGACCUCUUUUCUGGAACACCUCUGGCACAAUGGUACUUGCAGCCUCAGAGGCAGCAGGAGCCUCAUUUUUUACAUGUCCUCUCUGAUGCCUGCAGAAUUGUCCUGAUGUGGAAGUUUGGUGGCAUCUACCUGGAUACAGAUUUCAUUGUGCUUAAGGACUUACAGAACCUCACCGAUGCACUCGGGAUUCAGGAUGACGUACUGAAUGGGGCCUUUCUGUCCUUUAAGCCCAAACACAAGUUCAUGGAUCUUUGCAUGCAGGACUUUGUGCAGAAUUACAAUGGCUGGGUCUGGGGCCACCAGGGCCCAGAGCUCCUAACUCGUGUCUUCAAGAAGUGGUGCUCCAUCCAGACUGUCAAGAGCAUGAGCUGCAAAGGUGUGAGUGCUCUUGCCCCAGAAGUUGUUUAUCCCGUUCCCUGGCAGGACUGGAAGAAAUUGUUUGAGCCAGUCAGUGCCUUGGAGCUUCGCAAACUCCUGAAGAACACCUAUGCAGUGCACGUAUGGAACAAACUGAGCCAUGGGACCAAGUUAGAGAUCCCCUCCCAGGCUCUGCUGGCUCAGCUCUAUUCCCAGUUCUGCCCUGCCACCUACACAAAGAUGAAACGGGACUCUGAAGAGUUGUCAAGGCGUGCAGUGUGACCUGAGGGCCCUUGGCUGCAGAGAUGUUCACCAGACUGAAGGAAACCGAGUGCCUUUGACAUUCUCCAGAGUUGGUUUCUAGAUCCCAGAGCAGGUGUUCUGCGUGGCAGCUCUGUGGUUUUGUACCAUUUCUGAUCUCUGCCUCCGAUCCUUUGAGUUUCAAAUUUACAGCAGAACCUGAGUUCAGCCUCUCUUGCUGUCCCUCAGGAGACCUCUUGCUGCAAGGGAGGUUGAACUUGUUCUUCAGCAUCCCUCAGCUGGUCCUCUCUUGGUUUUCUCCAAUGGCUCCUCCUGUGGAUCCCGGCCUGAGCAGCCCCUUGUGAUGUUUCAGGAGCUGUAAGGACCCUUGGCUUGCUCUCUGUGGCAUUUUUAAUUUUCACAGAAUAUUCUGUGUUGGAAGGGACCCACAAUCAUCAUAGACCUUACCCCUGGCCCUGCUAGGGGGUAAGACACUCCAACGAUCAUGAUAUGCACGAGAUUGUUAUCCUUGGGGCCAUGACCAAUCUGUGGGGAGCCUGUUCAGUUCCCCCACCACCCUCUGUGGGAGGAACCUUUUCCUGAUAUCCACCCUAUCUCUCCCUUGACCCAGCUCCUGCCAUUCCUUCAGGUCCUGUCCCUGGUCACGCAGAGCAGAGAUCAGGGCCUGUCCCUCCUCUUCCCCUCAUGAGGAAGCUGCAGAACU